AUAAUCUGUGAGUGAGAUUGAGAUGUGAUUGUUGUGACGUUUUUGAAAUUUUGAUUUUGAAAAAACUUUGUCGAGGAUUACUGGUUUAUUGGAUAAUAUAUAAAGUUUAAUAUAAAAGCUUAAAUAUUUAAUAUAGAUAUCGAAAAAAGUAAUAAUGCUCGAGACAGAAGAAGUCGACGUUGAUUAUUUUACUCCAUCAACAAGUGAAAUUUAUUUCAGUACCUCUCUUUCGAAAAUAUUUGGUAGUAGUUCCAAAGAAGAAGAUGCUUUGGAAAACAGUAAUCCAUUGAAAUAUAAUCCACUGUUGCCCCCUCAGGUUGCAAAACCUGAAGAGUCAAAGACAACUCAAUUUCUAUUUGUAGACUCUGUAUAUGCAUACGAAUGGGUUAAUGAUACAUAUGAAUUUAGAGGUAGAGUAGGCUUUGCAAUAUUCAAUAUUAAAAAUAAUGAUAGGCAUAAAAUGGUCAUAUAUGAUUCAAAUAAAACUAGGCUGUCUUGUUUAACAAUUAUACAUAAGCCAGCAAUAAAAGUAAAUGGGAAAAUCAAUAUAUCUUACUAUGAUGAUCAACGAAGGUUCUGGAGUGUCAAUCCAUCAACCACCAAAUUUGAGGAAAUAUUAGAAAUACUAAAAAGUUUAAAUGUAAAUCUUGAAUUUGUGACAUCAGCUGUUGAAGAAACAGAAAAAAAACUAAUAGAAAAUGCUGAAAAAGAUCUUCCAAUAAAUAAAGCAGUUGAAGAUGAAAAAGAAAGUGAUACAGAUGUUUCAUUUAACAAAAAAACAAAAGAUUCUAUUUUGAAAAGAAUGGCUAGUAUGGGGCAGUCAGUUUUACCACCACCUCAUGUAGCAGUAGCUCAGACAAGUGAUUCAUCAGACACAAUUGUACCUCAAAAUCAAAGAAAAUCCAGACAUAAACCUAAGGUAAUAAAUAAAAAGAGUCCCUUAGAAAAGAAAAUAUUAGAUUCAGACAAAAUUUGUGAACUGGAAAUAAGUAAAAAUUCUGUGAAACCUGAGACAUUACCUGAAACACAAAUGGAUUUAAAUAUUGACAGCAAUCAAAUUGGCCCUACAAUUGCUACUGCCAAUACUAAAAGUGUUGACAUUAGUACAAAAUCCAACAGUAUAGAACUAUUUAUUUCAGAGCAAAAAUUUUGUAAUAGUGAAUUAAGAAUUGACAUUAGUAGAAUGUCAGAUAAACUUGAGAUAUUACUGGAUAAAAUUAAAGAUUUAGAAGCAUUUAAUAUUGGCAGUAACAAUUCACAAUUCCAAAACGAAAUUACACAAAAAUUACUAAAUGAAUAUGAAAAGAGAAUCAAUAAAUACGAAGAAUUUAUAAAACUAAAAGGAUUUGACUGUAACACUUUUGAACUUACACCAGUGUCCAAGAGUAAUACAAAUCAAAUUUCAAGAAGUACUGAAAUGGAAACACAGUUACAACUAUUAUGCAAUAAAAAAGAUGAAGAAAUUGUUCAGCUAAGAAAUGAACUGCAACUUUAUUCAAACAAAGAAAAACAAUUCCAUGAUCAUGAAAAAAGUUUAUUAAAAGAAAUCAAUGACUUGAAGGAUAUUAUAAAUAUUAAAGAUGAUUGUGCAGUAAAUGCAAAUAGGAAAUUAGAUGACACAGCUAAACAAACUGAUACUAUUACAGAUAAACUUAAACAAAUUAUGAAUGAUACAUUUCAAGCUAUAUCAGUCAAUUUCGAUGAUAAAGAAAUGUAUGCAGGUGCCAAAAUAAAAACUGUAGUUGGUUUAGUUGUAAAAAAAACAACAAUAGAUUCACUGAAAGAAUUUUAAUCUGUGUACCUACUAUAAUGUAUUUAAUUUUUCAAUAUAAUAUAAUAUUAUACAUAAAAUUA